UCAAAAUGGCAGCUAUGUAUUGAUCUAUUGAUGUCGAAAAAGUUAAUUUAUUUUACAAAAUUCAGUGAAAUUUGUUAUUGAACCUUUAAAACUCAUUAUCAUGAAAUCGCGAAACAUGCGUUGCCUAAUAGUUCUAUUCGCUUUGGCCGCUACAGGCGCAGUCUGUGUGUCGGGGCAGUCCUACGAAGAUAAGCGGUGCAAGUGUGUGUGUCCGAGCCCCUCCGCAGUCCUCAACAACAACUCAACCAGUAACAACACCACAUCGGACAGGAAACUCUACAUCGCCAAUGUACACCCUAAUAAAUGUAACUGCGACGGGGUGAUUUUGCCACAAGUGGGAGAACUCAUCAAGGGACGGGAGCAGGAGUUCUGCCCUCGCUGUGAGUGCAAGUACGAGAACAGGAACACCACCAUCAUCAAGGUGGUGGUGAUAAUAGUGAUCUGGGUGAUAAUGCUGCUGGUGGUCUACAUGGGCUUCCUUAUAUGUCUGGACCCGCUCAUCAACAAGCGAGCCAAGGCAUCUUACCAAGAACACACCAAUGAAGAUGAUGAAUCCUCAACUGUGGGCGCUUCAGGCCAGCCGAUGGGCGUGCGGGGCAACGUGUUGAACCGAGUCACUCACCAGCAGGAUAAGUGGAAGCGACAGGUCCGCGAGCAGCGACGCAACAUCUACGACAACCACACGAUGCUCAACUAGUAGUCAAAUCGACGGGGUCCGCGGGGCGCCUGGACUAUCUCCCCGUCCGACCCCCCAGCGGGUGACGUUACUUUGUAUUAAUACAUUGGAACCUCGAUAGCACGAAUCUCAAGGGUUGACGCCAAAAACUUCGUGUUAACCAGGUUUCGGCUUAAAGAGGGCAUCGACCUAGAGAGGUUUUUGUGCGCAUUAAAGAGGUUUCGAGUUGCAGAGGUAAAACGCAUGAAAAUUCGUGUUAGAGAGGUAAUAAUAUAAACGCAUAAAGUAUGUACAUUCUUAAUCUCUUUUUCGAGUUACACAGGUUUGUUAGUAAAUGACUUCGGGAUAUAGAGGUAGUAAAAUCAAAUUUUUCGAGUUGUAGAGGUCAAAUUUCAUUUUUCGAGUUAGAGAGGUAUAAAAAGUGGAUACUCGUGAAGGGAAUCGUUAUUUACUUCGUCUUAAUGAGGUUAAAUAUUUCAAGUUAUAGAGGUUUUGGGCUUUGAAGGGAAGGGAAUGGCAUUUUAUUUCGUGUUAACGGCGAUUUCGCCUUAUCGAGGUUCCACUGUACUUGUAACGUACAGUACAGUAGCCGUGCCACGAGUUGACACUUAAUGUUUACGUUAGCGACUGCGUAAACUCGAUCGCAGUCCCUCUCGCUCGCGCUGAUGUUGUCUUGGUGCAAUAGAGAGGGAAUAAUCGAGUUCACGCAGUCGCUAACGUAAUUAUCAAAUGCCAACUCGUAGUGUCUGUGCAGGGGUCGAUUUCAGAGCGUAUUUGACCCAAUUAGUCUCUUUGGACAUAUUUUUGACGAAAUAUUCCUGUAUGAAUCAUUUAUUUGUUGUUAUUCUGUCCCGUCAGCCAGGCGACAUUAGUAGCACAGUUUUUUAGAACUCCACGUUGGAGGGUCUGCCAUCUUGUGGCCUGAAUCGGAAACAUAUUAUGUGCACACGUACAUUGCCAAAACAAGUGCUACCAUCUACCGUUCUUGUAGGUACGUUUCCUUAUGCAUAGUAGGUUCUGCCAUCUUGUGGGCUACGUAGGAAGCAUAAACGUCACAUUUACGCCUCUCGCCAAAAAUCUGUCGGCUCUUGUUGCCCCCUAUAGUUCAUUCACGCCCCUUAUAUUGUCGUGCUUGGAAGAUGGUCCAGUGUAGAAAGGGCUUAUAACUACCACAGAAAUGAAUGUUUGAAAUGCCAUAAAACCAGAAUGUAAAGAGUGACCCAGGCGACCAUAACCAUGGUGACGAGUGACAACAUACUCGACUGGUUACCACAUAACAACUAGAAAUAUCAUCAUAAUUUAAAGAAAUUAGAAAAAAUAAAUAGCAAACAGGCGUAUUUCUGUAGUUAAAUGAUUAUAGACUAAUCAAUCCAUUAAAUCUAGCAAUGGUUAAUUAAAUAAGUGUUAUUAAUUAUAAUUACUAUUGUAUGGUCAGAUAACCGGAUAAUGUAGAUAUUGAAUUAUAAAUAAGUAUUUGUAAUGAAAUUAAUGCAUAUUUAGUUAGAUUAAAUGUAAAAUUAUGAUAAUUAUUAAAUACAGGGUGAAAGUUUAUUCGCUGCCCUAUUUUAACGUGUUAUUAUAACGUUAACAGGUAUUGUCAUUGUCAAAAAUCGGAUUUUUGGGGGUGAAAUUAAAUACAUCGAUAGUUAAGUUUAUCGACAUAGGAACUCGCUACAUGUCAUUUGAUUUUGCUCCCGGAAUUUCGAUGUCUGGUUAUUAUAAUUAUUCAUAAUAAAUUACAUUUUCUUUAUAGUACCUAUACAUAUAUUCUGCUUUUGAAAACAUAUGUACGAGUACAAUACGAUUAUUUUAAUGAUAAUUUAAUUUUUAACAAGCAGAAACUUCCGCGAACGAUGCUAUUAAGCUUAGAAAAAAUUUUAAAGUGGAAAAAAUACUGUCUUGGGUGAUCUUGAACUGACGUUAAUCCAUGUAAUGAAAUUAUUGUACCUAAUAUAAUUUCACUAUGUUUAGAUGUAAUUCAAUGUAUUGUUAUUAAUAAAAUUAUUUGAUACAAUUAUUAGUAAUAAAUCAUUAUGAUUACUUAAAUUAAGAUGAAGAUUAUCUAUAAUCAGAACAGUGUAGGUAUAUUUUAAGUAUUAGAGUUGUUUUUGUAUAUGCCGUUUCUUUGUAUUAAUGAUUGUAAAUCAAAUAUUUAUUGUAUCAGAUGUGUAAAGUGUAAGAUAAAUUCGUGGUUUGUACUUGGCAGCUGAUGUAGAUAGCGCUGUACGGCUAUUAAAUAUAUUACAUGUGACAAAGGAAACUUUCAUUUCAGAAAUGGAAAAUUGCAAUUCGUAUCACAAAAAUAUACCUAAGUAUAUAUAAGUUUCCGUCAUUUUUCGAAGUGGAAAUUUAGCAAUUUUUCGACACAUCAGUGCACUGAACAUGGCGCCAUCUUUAGCUGUCAAACUAGUCUGCGCGAUUGGUUAUUGGUACUUUAAACAUCUUAUAAAAUCAAUGAAUCUUUGUUGUAAAUAAACAUUGUGUCGCAUUGAA